AUGUCUAAUAAUCAGAAGUAUGGUGUCCGUUUGCUCCAAAGAACCUUGGAUCUGCAGAGAUUUCCUAUGGGAAGUGCACCAUUGUGUAUACCUGUCAAUACUGGUCCUCCUAUUGUUCAUAGACCUACUCAAGUUGCUUUUGUGGGAACCCCAUCAGGAAUAAGUGACGUGCCAAAUAAGGUAACAUCACCUUUCCCAGGAAAGCAGGUGAGGAAGGCAAAUGCAGUCAUGCCUGAAGAGACUGCAUCAAGUGUCUAUUCUGAUGGUAGGCAUGCUCCAAAGAAUGAACACUUGAGGAUUUCUGGACCUUUGGGGCAGUGUGAUGAAUCUGAUUGCAAUGAUUGCCCUCCUGCCUCUAAGAACAAAAUGCAUUUCCAUAGAAGUUCAGCUCCUUUCGGUAAUGAGGGUGGUGGGUGGAAGAAGAAGAUUGGGUCUUCCCUUCCAAACAUUCCAAUUAUAAACCCACAUGCUAAGGCUGUUCGUCGAUGGAACCAGUUUUUUGUGAUAUCAUGCUUGAUUGCCAUUUUCAUUGAUCCUCUGUUUUUCUUCCUAGCUUCCAUGGACAAGGAUAACAAAUGCAUAAUGUUCAGUCGGCAUUCGACAGCAUUAACUGUGGCAAGAAGUGUGACAGAUGCAGUUUAUCUUCUUCACUUGCUUCUUCAGUUUAGGAUGGCCUAUGUGGAUCCGGAGUCAAGAAUAGUGGGGACAGGAGACUUAGUUGAUGAGCCUAAGAAAAUUUCUAUGCACUAUCUUCGUGGUGCUUUCAUAGUCGACUUAUCUGUUAUGCUUCCACUUACUCAGGUGAUGAUAUGUCUAGUUAUCCCUAAGUCCAUUGGGGUAUCUGGUGCAAACUAUGCGAAGAAUCUGUUACGUGCCACAAUUCCUGUUCAGUAUGCCCUACGCAUCUUCAAAUUUGUGCAAUUACUUGGUGGGCAAUCUGCUAAUGGAUUCAUUUUUGAAUCAGCAUGGGCUAAUUUUGUGAUCAAUCUUUUGGUAUUUGUUUUGGCUGGGCAUGUGGUUGGUUCACUUUGGUACCUCUUUGGGCUACAGAGUGUUAAUCAAUGUCUAUGGAAUUCUUGUUCUGCGCUUAAUAUAACAUCAUGUGCUCAGUUUAUAGACUGUGGGUAUGGCAUUGGUGGGCAGGACAGAGUAAAGAGGCAGCCAUGGUUAAACGACUCGAUGUCGCGAACCUGUUUUGAUACUGCAAAUGGUUUUUUCAAAUAUGGAAUCUAUGAACAAUCUGUGUUGCUAACCACAGAACUUGCUGUUAACCGCUAUGUAUAUUCGUUAUUUUGGGGGUUCCAGCAAAUAAGUACUUUGGCGGGUAAUCUGGUCCCAACCUAUAAUGUAUGGGAAGUUCUAUUCACAAAGGGUAUCAUUGCCUUGGGGCUAUUGCUUUUUGCGUUACUUAUCGGUAACAUGCAGAUUUUUCUGCAAUCACUUGGAAAAAGGAGACUGGAAAUGCAACUGAGGAGGCAUGAUGUUGAACAAUGGAUGAGCCACAGGCAACUCCCAGAAGAUUUGAGAAGGAGGGUUAGACAUGCAGAAAGGUUUAGUUGGGUGGCUAUGCGAGGUGUGAACGAAGAAGAGCUUUUGAGCAGCUUACCAGAAGAUAUUCAGAUAGAUAUACGCCACCACUUUCAUAGAUUUCUUAACAAGAUUCAGUUAUUCGCUUUGAAGGAUUCUGGACUUUACGAGGCUGUCUGUGACAAGUUGAAGCAUAAGUUAUAUGUUAGGGGAAGUGACAUUCUUUCUCAGGAUCAGCUUGUUGAAAAAAUCAUCUUUGUAGUGCGCGGUAGAGUCGAAAGCAUCAAUGUAGAUGGAAGCAAAUCUCCAUUACAUGAAGGAGCUGUGUGUGGGGAAGAGCUGCUUACGUGGUGGUUGGAGCAGCAAGCUUCAGAUGGGGAGAGGAUGAAGGUGCACUGGAAGGCAAUACGUACCAUCAGAUGCGUAACAAAUGUAGAAGCUUUUGUGCUGCAGUCCACUGAUUUGGAAAAAGUGACUCUAGAGUUCUCAACACUAUUGCAAAAUCCUAGUGUUAUUGCAGCAAUCAGGUACGAAUCACUGUCCUGGAGGACCGCUGCGGCAAUCCAUAUCCAGGACACGUGGAGGCACCAUCAAAGGCGAAAGAAGGCAGCUGCACUGUUGCAAGAUGUUGAAGAUCUUUUUGCUUCCCCAUCUCUCCUUACAGAGGUUUUGCUGCUAUGCUGGGAAGUUUCACAAGGAAAAGAGAAUCAAAUGUAUCUGCAAUCCAAGAUCCACAUGUAA